AUGAGGCGAUUUUCGUUUUGGACUCGGCAACGCACGAUCAACCGACUGGAACGCUUUGCUUUUAACUCAGUGCAUGACAUGCGCACUGACACACUAAUGGAACUCUCCGCUAGAUGGCAGUUCGAUCUUAUAAUUCUCCUCCUUUACACUGAUUAUCUUUUUAUUCCUCUCGUUCUCUAUAUCUAUCUAUCUAUCUAUCUAUCUAUCUAUCUAUCUAUCUCAGACUUUUCAUAUCUAUCUAUCUAUCUAUCUAAGACUUUUCAUAUCUAUCUAUCUAUCUAUCUAUCUAUCUAUCUAUCUAUCUAUCUAUCUAUCAGACUUUUCAUAUCUAUCUAUCUAUCUAUCUCUAUCUAUCUAUCUAUCUAUCUAUCUAUCUCAGACUUUUCAUAUCUAUCUAUCAAUCUAUCUAUCUAUAAGACUUUUCAUAUCUAUCUAUCUAUCUAUCUAUCUAUCUAUCUAUCUAUAUAUCUCAGACUUUUCAUAGCUAUCUAUCUAUCUCAGACUUUUCAUAGCUAUCUAUCUAUCUAUCUAUCUAUCUAUCUAUCUCAGACUUUUCAUAGCUAUCUAUCUAUCUAUCUCAGACUUUUCAUAUCUAUCUAUCUCUCUCUCUAUCUAUCUAUCUAUCUAUCGUCUCAGGAAACACUUUAUCAUUCCCUCUUUACUCUCCGAUCUUGUAUAAAAGUAGGGGUUGGAAUAAUCGGAUUGUUCGGAAAUCCGAGGGGCUGGUAG